AUAGGUUUUUCCAGGAAGUGAGGAAAAAUAUCAUCUGUAACAGUACUGAACUUUACACAGCUAAAAUCAGACCUUCUUUAAACAUCAGUGCAGAUCUGAGCCAGGCGAAAAAAUGUAGAAUUAGUAAUUAAUCACAACUACCAUAAUCUCACACCCACUACUAGUCUUAAUGUUGUAAAUGAAGCUGUGACCCCUUUAAAGCUCUCACAGCUAAUCUUCAGGGACUGAGUCAACUCUUUUUCUUCCAAGACAGCUUUACCAGCUACACCAGCACUCAAAAAGUCUCCCAAAAUAAACCUUCUGCUGAUCCAACAAAGACAAUCUGUUGUUGGAGAUAAACAAAGCUGGAUACAGCAGCUGCAAAGAGCAGAGCAGACUGGUAGUCUGAUGUGCCAGGUGUCAGUGUUGUUUUUCAGGAUUUUUUUUAGAUAAAAAAUGUAAUCUUCUUGCUGCUGUGCUGAUUCGACCUGCAGGGUGUCCCACGUGGGAGGAUCAUAGAAGCCUGCUGUAUCUUGCUCUGUAUUUUUUAUCUUUGAUAAGUCAGAGAUCAUGAAAAAGUAAGAAACGCUCACUCAAACUUGCUCUUGCCUGCUCCCAAAGUGGGAGAGACAAAUUAGAUCCACAAAGUGUAUUCACCUGUGCCAGUAUGAAGCACAGUGAAGAAAGGAUGAGAGAUUUAAAGUACAUUGUAAGGAAUCAACCCAUCCCAAAGUCUGCACAUCACUUCAAUAGAGCAGCUUUGUGUCGUGUAUUUGUUGUGUAGCUAUUUGUUCCUUCUAUCCUCAUUUGUCUUCAAACACUAAUUAGUUUCUCGACAGCAAACCAGCCCAUUCUUCCCCCCUUCUAUGUGCCCUGUUCUCUUUCACUUGCUUGCGCUAAUCCUUUUGUUUGGGGCUGAGGGGCCCAGGCUUUCACUAACUAACUACGUAGCAUUGUAAGGAUUGGACCAACUCAAGGGUGCCUGCUGAGAUCUCGUUUUCCAUCCACUCAACCUGACUUUUUCUUCUCUUGAUUUUCUUGUCUAUGUUUCUUAUCUAUCACUUUCUUGGUUAGUCCUAUUCCCCGUCCUCAGGGCUUGAGGAAGGCUAUCCACGCUGUUGGGAACAUGCGCUUUUGGAGCUCAGCUCCAUGUUUGGUGCUCCUGCUGCAUCUUUGUGAGCUGGGGAGAGUCACAGGAGGUAAAGCACAGGAUCAGCAGUAUCUGCAGGAGACUCUUAGGACUUUGGGUCUACCUUUGGGGAGUGAUGAGAAACCUACACUCCAGAAGAACAAGACUGGUCUACUGAUCACUAAAUUGCUCCAGGAUGUGCACUGUGCAGAGAGGACAGGCAUCACACAGGACAUGUGUGAGAAAUGCCUGACACCAAACGUGGCCCUCUCAGUGCUUGACGAUGACAGGAUUGAACUGACAGAAGAAGAUUACCACAAGAUCUCAACUGUCCUGCUGUAUUACAUAAUUAACUUGAAGGAUCUGUGUGUUUCAAACAUCGGCCCCCCAUCAGCCCUUCCCUCCUCAUCUGUGAACUUACAGUUCUAUCUGCUGCAAUUCACUAGCCUGAAUCCAAAUGAAAACAAUCAGUUCCUGUCAUACAGCGAGACAGAGAGCAUUCUGUGGCUCAUCAACCAGCACUACAAUCCCUCCAACGAGGACAUGCGUGAUUUCCAAUGUAUUCACUCAGCUCAUCUUCUCGAAGAGAUGGAUGUAGAUGGAAAUCCUGGUGCAAGAGUGGCAGACGUUCCCAAAGUAGCAGCAGCUAUAAUCAGCCACAUCCUACAGGGACACUGCUUUGCACUGAGGAGCCUCCCAUCCCCUGACUUCUUCAUAGAUUACAUAUUUCAGUCGCUAAAUUGCUCUAAUAACCUAAAGAUCAUAGACCUGGAAGAGCUGCUUCAUCAGUUAGGAGAUGGGAAAGCAAUGCACUCUUACAAACAUAAGAAGACGGGCAUUAAACAAAGUUCACAUUUGCUACAAAACUUUAGCCACAACACUGAUGGAGACUGGACACAGGUGUGUUUCCCAGCCAACCAGUUGGUGGAUAUUUUUGCUCUUGACCCUCAUUUACCCAUUUCCAGGGAGCAAUUCCAACAAAUUUGUCCUGCUAUCAUUCAGCAGCUGCUAGGCAAUGCCUGUGGGUCACUACAGCAAAAUUCAAGAGGGUCGGUACCUACUGCUAUUGAGAAAUACGGCUACAGCACAGCUGCCGUCCUGAUCAUCACAGUUGGAUCCAUGUUUGGGAUCUGUCUGCUAUUCUUCAACUCCUGUCAGGAGACCUACACGCUCAUCCUGCAGCUGUUUGUGGGCCUGGCAGUGGGAACCCUCUCAGGUGACGCUCUCCUGCACCUUAUUCCACAAAUUCUUGCCCUACAUGACAGCACUCACAGUCAUGAUGAUGUGCUCUCCAAUGAGGAUAAAGACUAUCUGUGGAAGAUCUUGGGCUUGAUUGCUGGGAUUUAUGGAUUUUUUCUCAUUGAAAGAAUAUUUUCCUUUUUAGCCCCUUCUCAUGGUCAUGGUCACUGCAGCGACCUUCCUCUAGACCUGAACUGCAAUGGUCAGUCUCAGAGGAGCAAAUCCAUUUCUACCAUCCAGUUGGGUUCAAUGGAAGAUGUAGAGGGCUCAGAAAUUUAUCCUAAACGUACAAAUACAGAAAGCACUCCUGGACAGAAACAAGGGGUUCCUGUGCUGGCUGUGAUGGUAAUUGUGGGAGACAGUCUUCAUAACUUUGCCGAUGGCCUUGUCAUCGGAGCGGCUUUCUCCUCAUCAGCCGAGACCGGCAUGGCAACCACUGUGGCCAUUCUGUGCCAUGAGAUCCCACACGAGAUUGGGGACUUUGCGGUGUUGCUCAGCUCUGGGCUCUCAGUGAAGACUGCAGUGGUGAUGAACUUCCUAAGUGCCCUGACAGCUUUCAUGGGCCUUUAUGUCGGACUCUUUGUCUCUUCAGACACAGAUGUGCAGGAGUGGAUCUUCUCUGUCACGGCUGGGAUAUUUCUCUAUUUGUCCCUGGCAGAAAUGCUUCCAGAGAUGAAUCGAGUGAAGACCAACAGACCAUUUGUCAUGUUCCUCCUGCAGAACCUUGGUUUGCUUCUGGGCUGGACUUGUCUUUUGAUGCUUGCACUCUUUGAACACAAACUCAAAUUUUAAUUGCAACUGUCACGCAAGAUUCAAUUGCAGCAGAUGCCGACUGUAUACUUUGAUGUUUUCAUUUAUGCUUUUAAGUUAAUGAUUAACUCACAGAUACAAGCACCACUUCCUGGAGAAAAUUGUUCAAUCACGAUGUAAUAGUCACAGCGCUGGCUUGCGAAAAUAUGCUCUAUUUUCAUGAACAUUGAGACUUGUUCUAUAUUCUUGACGAUUUAUGUUUUUAACACCUUGAUUUUUACUGUUAUUGAACUACAUACAUUGCCAGUCACUAUUAUUCAAAUAAAGUAAUUUUUAAAAUUC